CGCGAGAUAACAGGCCGAUUAAAUAGGAGGAAGAAGAAGAGUGUGUUGUUUGUUUAGGUUUUCGCUGACAAAAUGGGGACUCUUUCCUUCUUUGUCUGCGCGUUGGGACUCUUCGCCUGCACAUCAGGAUCUGCAGAUGUGUUCGACAGCGUCUUGGGAAACACAGCAUCUUGCCACAAGUCAUGUGAAAUGACGUACAGUUUGCACACGUAUCCACGGGAGGAAGAACUCUAUGCCUGUCAGAGAGGCUGCCGUCUGUUCUCCAUUUGUCAGUUUGUUCGUGACGGCGACGAUCUUAAUCAGACGAAAUCCGAGUGUGAAUCAACCUGUCGUGAAGCCUACACCCACUUUGAUGAGCAGUACGCAUGCAACCUGGGCUGUCAGAACCAGCUUCCGUUUGCUGAGCAGCGGCACGAGCAGCUGGAGGCCAUGAUGCCUAGGAUUCACCUGCUGUACCCCCUGACUCUGGUCAGAGGGUUUUGGGAGGAUAUGAUGAGUCAGGCCCACAGCUUCAUCACCUCCACGUGGAUCUUCUACCUCCAGGCUGAUGAUGGCAAAGUUGUCAUUUUCCAGACUGAACCACAAGUCAAGUUUUUCUCCCAGUUUGAAGUGGAAAAAGACUUCGGAGAGGAGCCACAGAAGAGCUUUCCCGGAUUGAGCCCAGUUUACAAAGAAUACCAUCGCACUUUAAUCCAGGAGAGGGACAGAGAUAUGACCCGGGACAGCAGCUAUGAUGACUACAACCUCUUCAACUGUCUCUCCAGGAACCCGUGGCUACCAGGGUGGAUCCUAACCACAACUCUGGUCCUGUCUGUGCUGGUCCUGAUCUGGAUCUGCUGUGCCACGGUGGCAACUGCUGUUGACCAGUAUAUUCCUGCUGAGAAAUUGAGCAUCUAUGGUGACCGGGAGAACGGAAUGGAGCAGAAACUGACUCCAUACCCAGCAUCCUCCCUGCUGAUCAUUACCUCCAAAGGGCCAGAGGUAGAGGCCGGGCCGCUCCCUUCCAAAGUCAACCUGAGCCAGUCCGAUGUCUAGAGGCCAAAGCCGUAGCAGAGAAGGGAUUUCCUCUUUUUAUGAAUAAUAUUUGGUUGAUUUUUAUCCUCUGGCUCCAGACCUGUGCUUCUCUUGGGCUAAACAGGAGCAACUACUUGCAGAAGAUUUUGUAUAACUGAUGUAAUGUCUCGUCUCCCUUUUGAUGCUUUUAAAAUUGAAGUGAUGAAAGGGUAUUUUUCUGUAUAUUGGUAUAAUUGAGGCAUUAAAGUAAUCGGCAGUACAUGUAAUAUGUUUUGGGAUUUUUCUUCAAUUUCAAAGUGUGCAUUAGCUCUCUUGGUGUGCUUAUUUUAUUGAAUGGUUAAAUGAAAUGUUUGACUUGAAGUGAUUUUAACCCAAAUGCUCUUUUUGUCAUAUAGAUUGUGCUAAUAUGCUCUCUGUACGUUCUCAUGUUUCUACUGCAAUGAUUUACAGAAGUUGGAUUUUACAAUAAAAUUCUAUGCUCCUCAUCUCAAUUAAUAGUGACGGUACACACGGUAACACCUACUGUCCUGCUUCACUGUUUGUUCUCAUGAUUGAUCGGGAUUAAAAACAAUGGAGGGAAGUUGA